CCCACCCACUGCCGGGUGCCUCAGCUCUGGGCAGCUCUGCUCUACUCGGCCGCUGGUUCCCAGAGGACAGCAGGUGAGCAGGGCCCUCAGGUCUGAACCUCCUUGCACGUCUGCAGAAUCGUCAAACGCCUGUCCUUUAUACUGCACGGAGGCCAGCAGGCAGGAUGACCCAAAACAUGCUGGCUGUGAAUGGAGUCGAUGUGAUCUCUACGCUGUCCCAGCCCACUCACAUCGACAUCCACAUCCAUCAGGAAUCUGCUUUGGCACAACUGCUAAAAGCUGGGAGCUCCCUGAUGGGGCGCCUGUCCCACCAUCCUGCCAAGGCCAGCAUAAGCUACAGACAGCUGGCACUACGGGUGACCCAGAUAUUGCUGGGGGCUAUGAGCUGUGCUCUUGGAGGGCUUCUCUGCUUGGGGCCCUGGAUUCAGCUGCGUGCCUCAGGCUGUGCCUUUUGGGCAGGGUUUGUGGCCAUUGCAGCAGGAGUUGGGGCCAUUGUCCAUGAGAAACACUGCGGCAAACUUUCAGGCUGCAUAUCAAGUCUGCUCGCCCUGGCUGGCAUUGCCACGGCCGUGGCCGCCGUUGUCUUCUGUGUGAAUAGUUUAACCUGGCAACUUGUCUUCUAUGACAUCAGCUCCGUGUGUGAUUCCUUAGUCCCUGACACCCCCACCUUUGGGUACGAAGAGACUAGACGAAGCAAUUCCUAUUCAUCGUGGAGGGAGGAGCGCUGCAGAAACUACAUGCAAAUGCUGACGGAUUUGUUCCUAGGAAUCCGUGGUCUGCUCCUGGCCAUCUGUGUCCUGCAGGUCAUUGUAUCCUUGGCUUCCCUGGGUGUGGGUCUCCGACGCUUCUGUGGCCAGAGCUCCCGGGCCCUGGAUGAAGAAGGGUCAGAGAAGAAGCUGUGGGGGGAGAAUUCAGUGCCUCCCUCUCCCCACAAGAAGAAGAGCACAGCUGUUGUCCUGUGAGCAGCCAAAGACCCUGCCUGGACCCUGCAUGUCCCCCCAGAGUAGCCCAGGGCCCCUCACUGCCCCGUCCCUCACACUCGCUUCCUUAGGCUGCCCCUCCUCUCGCCAACACCCUCACCCACUGUCCCCACUCCAAGGUCCUCAAUUCAGUGAACACGUAUUGUCACAUUUUCCCCAAUGCUGAUUAAACAGAAACAACCGCAAAAAAUGAUUUUGUGCAGAAAGGAUGUAGUCUCCCUUUGUUGAUACGCAGGGUGCGUUGGUACACAUGGAAUUAAAUGAGAGUUAUGGAUCAUAUGGAAACAAGGUCCCAAUAAGACUUAAUUUACGUUCUGCUCUAUAUCCCAAGUGCAAAAACUCCUUUUCAUGAUUUCCUUCUGUUCAGUGUAAAGUGAAAAUAACUCUUACGUACUUAGAAUCUUUUUACCAGCUAAGGUUUUCUUUAAGCAUCUAUAACUGAUCAGUGGGCUUUACAGAACCAUGUGAGACAUGAAGCAAGAUCAUUUCCUCCCUCCCUCCCUUUCUUCCUUCCCUUCAUCUUCCUCCCCCUCUGUCUCUUUCCUUCCUUCUUCCUUCCUUCCUCCCUCGUUCCCUUUCUUUUUUCUCUUUCUCCCCCAUCUCUUUCUUUCUCUCUUGUUUUUUGCAGUAAUUACUGUUGGUUCUCUCGCUAUACACGCACACACACACACACACACACACACACACCUGUUAUUCUUCAAUUUCAUUGUAAAUGAUACGAUUGAUUCGUUUUUCACUUUUAAAAUUUUCUAUGUACAAUAUAAGUAUAUAGAUGUAAGCCCUUCUGCUAUGGAACCAGGUUCAUUUGUCCAAUGUGCAGCAAGCCAAAUGCUGAGAUGCUGCGGUGUGCAGCAGAGAAAGUGUUUAUUCACGAGGCAGCCAAGCGAGGAGACAGGAGAACAAAUCUCAUAUCUGCCUCCCUGAAGGUGAGGGGCUUGAGAUAUUUAUGGGAUAGAGAAGCAGGGUGGUCUUAGGCAUGGA